AUGGAAUCUUCAGAAUUCAUCGAAAGAAAUAUUUCACGUAUCCCACAGAUUUCAGUAACUGAAGAGAAACCGGUUGAAGCUGCUCCAGUCGAAGAAGAACCAGUCGAGGCUGCUCCAGUUGAAGCUGCUCCAGUGGAAGAGAAACCAGUCGAGGCUGCUCAGGUUGAAGCUGCUCCAGUCGAAGAGAAACCAGUCGAGGUUGCUCCAGUUGAAGAGAAACCAGUCGACGCUGCUCAGGUUGAAGCUGCUCCAGUGGAAGAGAAACCAGUUGAAGCUGCUCCAGUGGAAGAGAAACCAGUCGAGGCUGCUCAGGUUGAAGCUGCUCCAGUCGAAGCGAAACCAGUCGAGGUUGCUCCAGUUGAAGAGAAACCAGUCGACGCUGCUCAGGUUGAAGCUGCUCCAGUCGAAGAGAAACCAGUUGAAGCUGCUCCAGUGGAAGAGAAACCAGUCGAGGCUGCUCAGGUUGAAGCUGCUCCAGUCGAAGAGAAACCAGUUGAAGCUGCUCCAGUGGAAGAGAAACCAGUCGAGGCUGCUCCAGUUGAAGCUGCUCCAGUCGAAGAGAAACCAGUCGAGGUUGCUCCAGUUGAAGCUGCUCCAGUGGAAGAGAAACCAGUCGAGGCUGCUCCAGUUGAAGAGAAACCAGUUGAAGCUGCUCCAGUUAAAGAGAAACCAGUCGAAGCUGCUCCAGUUGAAGCUGCUCCUGUUGAAGAGAAACCAGUCCACGCUGCUCCAGUUGAAGCUGCUCCAGUUAAAGAGAAACCAGUCGAAGCUGCUCCAGUUGAAGCUGCUCCUGUUGAAGAGAAACCAGUCGACGCUGCUCCAGUUGAAGCUGCUCCAGUCGAAGAGAAACCAGUUGAAGCUGCUCCAGUGGAAGAGAAACCAGUCGAGGCUGCUCAGGUUGAAGCUGCUCCAGUCGAAGAGAAACCAGUUGAAGCUGCUCCAGUGGAAGAGAAACCAGUCGAGGCUGCUCCAGUUGAAGCUGCUCCAGUUAAAGAGAAACCAGUCGAAGCUGCUCCAGUUGAAGCUGCUCCUGUUGAAGAGAAACCAGUCGACGCUGCUCCAGUUGAAGCUGCUCCAGUCGAGGCUGCUCAGGUUGAAGCUGCUCCAGUCGAAGAGAAACCAGUUGAAGCUGCUCCAGUGGAAGAGAAACCAGUCGACGCUGCUCAGGUUGAAGCUGCUCCAGUUAAAGAGAAACCAGUCGAAGCUGCUCCAGUUGAAGCUGCUCCUGUUAAAGAGAAACCAGUCGAAGCUGCUCCUGUUGAAGAGAAACCAGUCGACGCUGCUCCAGUUGAAGCUGCUCCAGUCGAAGAGAAACCAGUCGACGCUGCUCCACUCGUAUUCUCGAAGGCUGAAAUUUUCUGCGGAUUGGAACUAGAUUUGUUGAUGGAAUCUUCAGAAUUCAUCGAAGGAAAUAUUUCACGUAUCCCACAGAUUUCAGUAACUGAAGAGAAACCGGUUGAAGCUGCUCCAGUCGAAGAGGAACCAGUCGAGGCUGCUCCAGUCGAACAGAAACCAGUUGAAGCUGCUCCAGUUGAAGAGAAACCAGUCGAGGCUGCUCCAGUUGAAGCUGCUAAAGUCGAAGAGAAAUCAGUCGAGGCUGUUCCAGUUGAAGCUGCUCUAAAACCAGUCGACGCUGCUCCAGUUGAAGAGAAACCAGUUGAAGCUGCUAAAGUUGAAGCUGCUCCAGUGGAAGAGAAACCAGUCGAGGCUGCUCCAGUUGAAGCUGCUCCAGUGGAAGAGAAACCAGUCGAGGCUGCUCCAGUUGAAGCUGCUCCAGUUGAAGAGAAACCAGUUGAAGCUGCUCCAGUUGAAGCUGCUCCAGUCGAAGCUGCUCCAGUCGAAGAGAAACCAGUCGAGGCUGCUCCAUUUGAAGCUGCUCCAGUGGAAGAGAAACCAGUCGAAGCUGCUCCAGUUGAAGCUGCUCCAGUUGAAGAGACACCAGUCGAAGCUGCUCCAGUUGAAGCUGCUCCAGUCGAAGCUGCUCCAGUCGAAGAGAAACCAGUCGACGCUGCUCCAGUCGAAGAGAAACCAGUUGAAGCUGCUCCAGUGGAAGAGAAACCAGUCGAGGCUGCUCCAGUUGAAGCUGCUCCAGUUAAAGAGAAACCAGUCGAAGCUGCUCCAGUUGAAGCUGCUCCUGUUGAAGAGAAACCAGUCGACGCUGCUCCAGUUGAAGCUGCUCCUGUUGAAGAGAAACCAGUCGACGCUGCUCCAGUUGAAGCUGCUCCAGUCGAGGCUGCUCAGGUUGAAGCUGCUCCAGUCGAAGAGAAACCAGUUGAAGCUGCUCCAGUGGAAGAGAAACCAGUCGACGCUGCUCAGGUUGAAGCUGCUCCAGUUAAAGAGAAACCAGUCGAAGCUGCUCCAGUUGAAGCUGCUCCUGUUAAAGAGAAACCAGUCGAAGCUGCUCCUGUUGAAGAGAAACCAGUCGACGCUGCUCCAGUUGAAGCUGCUCCAGUCGAAGAGAAACCAGUCGACGCUGCUCCAGUAGACGCUGCUCCAGUCGAAGAGAAACCAGAAGAAAGAAGAGAACUGAUUCUGAAAUCAAAAAAAUCGAAAAACCUCUUCUCACUGAUGUCGAAGUGGAGCUCGUAUUCUCGAAGGCUGAAACUUUCUGCGGAUUGGAACUCGAUUUGUUGA